AUGCCGGCCAUGAACCUGACGCCGGAUGCGUUCUUCAACGAUCUCGAGCAGACCGCAGGCUUGCUUGCCAUUGGCUUCGAGUCUCUUCUAUCUGAGGUCGAAAGUCUUGCACGUCGAGAGCAAGAUCUAAAAGGCCGUCUUGACUUCGCAUACGAUGAGUAUCGCAAGCUCGCCCUCGGUCCUGCAGCUACUGUAAAUGAUUCGACCAAUCGAAUGGAUGUCCUGCAAAAGAUCAAAGUGGAUGACAGGUCAUUUGCUUUGGUUGAGGAUUCUGCGCUAUCUCCAGACCACAUCGCGGCACGGUAUAAUCUGGAGGAUGCCCUUGAGGCUUGCAGGACCCUAAAAACAAAGCCAAAACCAUGGAAGAGCAUGCGACCACACCAGCCCGUGGCAGUAAGAAAUACGAAGGAUGGCGACAGUUUGGAGCGUGACUACACGUCCCGAAAUGGUACACCUAGCAAACUUGAAUGCCCGUUUGCGAAGAUGACGAAUGGGAACCCACCAAAAGAAAGCGCAGAUCCUAUAGCCGCUGAAUUUCAUGCCGAUGGCUCAGUAGGAUCAGGGACAGCAUACGCCCAGCAAAAUCCAAACAAAUGUCCGAUCCGUUAUCUUGACCAACACUCUCCUGAAGAGGUAGCCAAAUACUUCGAGAAUCACAAACACGAGAUCCCCCGCAGCCAUGCCAUCUGUAUAUCUACGUAUCAGCAAAAUGAUGCGAAAAUCCGAGAGCUAGAUGCAAAGUAUGGGAACCUGCAGAACAUGAUACAAAGCUUAGGGGCCAAGCAUCAGCAGUAUCUGCCAGUGAAGGACGGAGAGGAGGGUGCACAGAAACCGGCUAGCCCUCCAGCGGCAGUAGCUGUGGAGAAAUGGGCGGAAAUGGUCAGUGGGAGCUCUGCUGAAGCUGACGCUGACGCUGACGCUGUAUCUCCAUCUAUUCGGCCCGGAAUAGACGGCACGGGAAACGGCGAGCAACGAGGGAGGGCAGAUCAUUCGGACAGACCGCUACGAGAGAUAAGAUUGGGAGAGUCCCCAAGCAGGCCAUGGGGUAUAUCGGUUCCAAAUGCUCCGGACACGGCUGCGAUUGCCAUUCCCUCUGAUAAAGGUAUUGAGCCGCUCUCGUUAGACAGACCAAAAGGGGAUGGCAAGUCAGCUACAGAGGGUGCACAAACAACUGCGAGGGCCACAGGACGAUGUCCGUUUGGUCACAACGCAGGAGAGGUAGAGCUAUCAAAUGGAGCAUCUCCUAAGGAUACGAAGGCAGAGGAAAAUCUGUUGAAGGAGCCGUCGCUACGCCCACAGGUGAUCUUAAAUGGCCCUGUUUUCGUCGGUUAUUCUCCUGAGCAGAUCACGGCUCUGAUGCAGUCAGGUGCAUUUACUCGUCGAGGCCGUAGUAGCACUAGUUGA